AUGGGGAAACAAAUGUGUAAAAUCUCAGACCUCAUCAUUCUAAUGCAAAAUAAUUGGCCAACACUGGCCUGCCCAAGCGGCAACGGCACCAAGUUCUGGGCACAUGAAUGGAACAAACAUGGGACCUGCUCAAAGUCCGUCCUCAGCCAACACCAGUACUUUAAAGCAGCUCUAGGCCUCAAGAAAGAUGUAGAUCUCCUCCAAAUUCUUGAGAAAGCAGGAAUUAAACCAAAUGGAGAAUCAUACUGCUUAAAGAAAACUAGAAAAGCUAUAAAAGAUGCAGUUGGAUUCAUACCUUGGAUACAGUGCAAUGUGGCUCCAUCGGGUAACAGACAGCUCUACCAGGUUUACGUUUGCGUGGACACUUCUGGGAAAAAUUUUAUCCAAUGUCCAGUGAUGCCCAAGGGGAAAUGUGGUUCAAGCAUCGAGUUUCCUUCAUUCUAG